AUGACUCGUUCUUACGAAUCUCAUUGGGUCGGCUUCCCGCCGCCGACCCGACGAGAGACGCGGGUGAAGGCCGAUCGAUGUUCGGCUGGCCCUCAGCUGGCGGUGCCGCUCUGGCGCGCCCGCCACGAUCUCGCUCGUGCUUCCAGCGGCCCGCCACGAUCUCGCUCGUGCUUCCAGCGGCCCGCCACGAUCUCGCUCGUGCUUCCAGCGGGAGGAUUCCUGGAGUACAUUCCAAUCACCCUUCCUGGAACUCUGCUCAGCAUCCCUGGAUUCGAAGGACCCUUUCUGACCAGGAACGAAUUGUUUCGUCGGGGAUUUUACCAUCUGCAAUUCAACGAUUGCGUUUUUAGAAGCUUGGUUCAGGGAUACAGAUACGUUGCCGUCAUGGACACUGACGAGAUGAUUGCUCCAAACACGUCAUAUAAGACCUGGCCCGAAAUGAUGCGACACCUGGCGCCCGAAAUUCCUCGAUACGAUUGCUAUUACUUUCAAACCAGGAUUAUUUUGAUGGAGGAGGGGGAAACUACCGGAUGGCUACAAGCGCAAGAUGCGAAGUUGAGGCAUGUGAAUGCAGCAGAAUUCCCCAAAUCGGCUUCUCGGAUGGGAAAGAGCAUCUGCGUGACAGCGACUCAAGUUGUCAUGAUUAACCAUAUCGCGAGGACGUGUUACCCUGGCGACCGCCCGUGUUCGGUGCAGUAUGUCCCUCUCGAAUUUGGCGAACUCUAUCAUUACGGGAAAUGCUGGGUCGGAAACUGCACCGGAUCGGGUGGGAACGACACCUGCGAUGGACAGAGCUGUGAAGUGGUUCGCAAGACUUCUCUCCUGGUCCAUGAGGACGCCGUCCGGCGAGAUGUGCGCCACGCGUUGCAAGAGCUUCUGCUCCUUCCUUAG